AUGGGCAAAGAGCAGUUCCGAGCUCGGACCGGGUGCCUCACGUGCCGCGACCGACAUAUCAAAUGCGACGAAACAUUGCCCAAGUGUAGGAACUGCUGCAAAUCCAAUCGGGUCUGUGAGCGAGGGAUCCGUCUGAAUUUCAUCGACAUCCAGACAUGUGCGUCGCAGUCUGGUCUCAUGGAUCUACCCCCAGGCACUCAGCUCAAAUUCCACGACGAGUCGCGAGCUAUCGCAUCGGGGUACGCUGUUGAUCCAAAGAAGGAAAAACAUGUUCACACCUCGCACACGGAGCCUACACAGCAGACAGAGCCGUCCCAAGCGAGCUCAUCUAAAGAUGGCCCCAUUCUGCCCGUGAGGACAGCGUCUUCUGCGGAGCAGACUGCGCUAGUCCAAGUACAGUGCAACCCCUUGCCCUCGUUGCAGGUCAUCACCAACCAUGAUGAGGGUCUGCUGAUGGAGAUAUUCCUCGGCAAGGUGGCGCCUUGGAUGGACUGUCUGGUCGCGAGCAAGCCCUUCGCAAAUAUUACGCCCUUUUACGCCCUAAGCCAACCAGCACUUUACAGUACAGUAAUGGCGUGCGGGGAGAGAUAUCUGAUGCCUACCGAGGAAUCUCUUUACCAUGAAAAAGCAUGCCAGAGUCUUGAGCUCGAGAUAGCCAAGCCCGAUGCCGAUCAUCUCCUGUGUGUGACCAUUUCCGCCUUGCUGCAUGCAUAUGGGAUUAUGGGUGACGGAGGCAACAAUAACAAAGGCCACUCAGAUCGCACGCGAGCUUUGAUUGGGCAAGUUGAUCUCAGCGGCGGAUAUUCGCAUCUGGCUGGUGCCUGCUUUUGGGCAUACAACCUCAACUCUGUGCUAGAUAGUCUCGUCCACAACUCGAGGCCGAUGUACGAUGCAGAUAAAAUCGACAUGGCACUGAAUGCGGUUCAAGGUACAGAUACCAACAAUGGUAUACUUUACUGCGACGAAGACCUAUGGGCUUACCGGAUACUGUCGACAUGUGCCAAGGUUGCCGCACUUCACACCGAGGUGGCCCAGGGCACAUACGCCGAUUCGAUGGACCGUCUCCGCCAGGACCGUGAGCAGUACAAGGGUUGGUGCGAUGAGUGGGCCAGCAAUGUGCCGAGAUCGAUGAUGCCUCUAUGCUACAUCCCACCACCAGAUGAACAUUCGACAUUAGAAACAACAACCCACUUCCCUCAGGUCAUGUUCGUCGGGUCCUCGGCAACAGUCGCGCGCCUACUUUACCACGUCUCGUGCUUGCUGCUUGUCAGGAUUGGAGUAGCUGAGCGCUCAACUGAGGCGCAAGAAGCCCAGUGCAAACAGAUAAGGCACGCUAUGGACAUAUGCGGAAUUGCUUCGCAGGGUGAAGAUAAGUAUGUGACCCUUGUUUCUCGAUGA